AGAGUGAGGAUGUGAGGUUCCGAGAUUCUUCUAACUUGUAUUGUAAAAUGCAACCUCUCACGUGAGUUCUCACUCACUCUUAAAUCUCUCCCAAACCCAAAUCUCUAACUAACUAACCAAGCCCAUCACUUUCUCUUUCUGUCAAUCCUAAACCCAAAACCAUCAAAUUCCUCUCUUUCAACUUCCUUGUUUCCAUCAUCACCAUCGCGCUUCCUUUUUGUCCUUUUCUCCGUCUUUAUUGUUGCCACUUCAGCAUUUUAUGGCUCUAUAAAACCUCCUCAGAGUCGCUGAGAUUCAAAUGCUACUACACCGCAAGCCGUUUCUCCGCUCAAAUGCUUGGAUCUCUCACCGGCUAUGUGGUCUCCAGGUUGAAGCAGUUGGAGCUGCAAAAGUAUGGUUUUCGAUGAUUUGUUAUUUUAGAGCUACCUUCAGCUGUGAUAUGUCUCUUAUGGGUUAAGAAGUGUGGCGAAAUGGUUUUAAAUUCCAUUUUUAUGAAAACAUGGAAGAGGGACGAGAAGAUGCGGCGUCAGCAGAGCGAAGGCCAUCCAACAUGUCAUGGACAUGCUAACCAAGAUGUUAUGUCCCCUCAAAAGGCGUCACAAAUUCUCUGGCGCACCGGAAUGCUUUCUGAACCAAUACCCAAUGGUUUUUAUUCAGUUAUUCCGGAGAAAAGACUCAAGAAACUUUUUGAUAGUAUUCCUACUUUAGAUGAGCUUCAAGCUUUGGGUGGAGAGGCUUUUAGGGCUGAUGUCAUUGUUGUGGAUUCAGAGAAAGAUAGAAGGUUAUCUAUGUUGAAGCAACUAAUUGUGGCAUUGGUUAAAGGAUUGAAUUCAAAUCCACCAGCAAUGAUUAAGAAGAUAGCUGGAUUAGUUUCUGAUUUUUAUAAGCGAUCAAAUGUAGAAAGUCCAGCAAAAGCUGGACUUGAGGAAUCCUCCCACAUGUUUGAGAAUCAUGGUGUCCAGAUGCUGGGGCAAAUAAGACAUGGUUCAUGCCGUCCUCGAGCUAUCUUAUUUAAAGUGUUAGCAGAUACUGUAGGUCUGGAAAGUAGGCUUAUGAUGGGUUUUCCCAAUGAUGGGGCUGCUGAUUGCGUAGACUCAUACAAGCAUAUGUCAGUUAUUGUUGUGUUAAAUUCUGUGGAAUUGCUGGUUGAUCUUAUGCGUUUUCCUGGCCAACUAUUACCACGAUCAACAAAAUCAAUUCUUAUGACACACAUUUCUGCAGCUGGAGAGAGUGAUUCUGCAGAAAAUGAUUCCUGUGAUUCACCAUUAGAACCAAAUAGUCCUUUGUAUGGAGUUUCAGAUAGUGUUGAAAAGGAGGAAAAUCUCCAAUUCCACAGAAGAUUUGAAGUAUCUUCAAAUGUAUCUGGCCUUCCCCUGCGAAACAGGAUGUUACGAUCAUAUACCAGUCUAGAAAGAAAUUUGAGUUUUUCACAAAGUGAACCCAACAUUGCAACUGCGUUUGGUCGGCGGAGUCGAAAAAAGGUCAUUGCUGAUCAAAGGACUGCUAGUUCAAGUCCAGAACAUCCAUCACUGCGAGCACAUGGACUGUCUAAGCUUAGUGGUGACAGAACUGCUUUUAGAGAUUUUGCUGAUGACCAGUCUAAACCAAGAUCCAGCUAUAAAUCAGAUGGUGCUUCCUCGUCAGAAGCUCGUCGAAUACGUAGAAGAAGUAUCAGCAUGACGCCAGAGAUUGGUGAUGAUAUUGCAAGGGCUGUACGGGCAAUGAAUGAAUCAUUAAAGCAAAAACGUCUUCUGAGAGAGAAAGAGGCCGGUGAUAGUUCAUUGUCCCAUUCACCAAAUGAUAGAGCCGGCAGUAUGGAUCUUCUGAAACAAAAGUCAAAUUUCAAUCUUGAUGGUCAUCAAGAGAGAUCCCCCUUGUAUUCACUACACCAUGACCCUGUAACGUCUCAAAAGGCAAUUUCAUUACCCUCAUCCCCGCACGAUUAUAGAGGACAAGCUUCUGAGAGUAGUGGAGUGUCAGAAUAUCCAAUGAAUGACGAACUGGAGUCUACUUGGAAUAAAGUUCUUCAAUCGCCAAUGUUCAAUGAUGGACCUCUGUUGCCAUAUGAAGAAUGGAACAUCGAUUUCACAGAAUUGACUGUUGGAACUCGUGUUGGGAUUGGGUUCUUCGGAGAAGUUUUCCGUGGCAUAUGGAAUGGCACAGAUGUCGCAAUCAAAGUUUUCCUAGAGCAAGAUUUAACUGCUGAAAACAUGGAAGAUUUCUGCAAUGAGAUAUCCAUUCUCAGCCGGCUCCGACAUCCUAACGUUAUCUUAUUUCUUGGUGCAUGCACAAAGCCGCCACGCUUGUCAAUGGUGACUGAAUACAUGGAGAUGGGCUCUUUGUUUUACUUGAUUCAUGUGAGUGGUCAAAAGAAGAAGCUUAGUUGGCGGAGAAGACUAAAGAUGUUGCGGGACAUAUGCCGGGGCCUAAUGCACAUACAUCGUAUGAAGAUUAUUCACCGCGAUGUGAAAAGUGCUAAUUGUCUUGUGGACAAGCAUUGGACAGUGAAAAUAUGUGAUUUUGGACUUUCAAGAAUAAUAACAGAGUCUCCCAUGAGAGAUUCCUUGUCAGCUGGAACCCCAGAAUGGAUGGCUCCUGAACUUAUUCGAAAUGAACCAUUCACCGAAAAAUGUGAUAUAUUUAGCUUGGGGGUCAUAAUGUGGGAGCUCUGCACCUUGAAUAGGCCAUGGGAAGGCGUGCCACCGGAGAGGGUGGUUUAUACCGUUGCUAACGAGGGUUCUCGAUUGGAUAUUCCUGAAGGCCCGCUAGGCAGGCUGAUUUCAGAAUGUUGGGCGGAACCACAUGAACGGCCAAGUUGUGAGGAGAUCCUCUCUCGCUUGGUGGACAUCCAGUACUCUCUGUUUUGAUGCAGUGUUUAUCUUUUGUACAUAGUGAACGUCGGGUAGAGUUAUUACUUUUGUGUUUUCGGCUGAUGUAAACUUCUAUGAAUUUUUGUUGUUUAUCUAAAAGCGUAAUGAAACAUGUAUCUGUGCGUUCCUAACUAAAGUGUCCUGUGUGGCAAUAAAAGUUAAUCCAUUAUCCAUCA